CGUUAGAAAAAAACUUUGUGCGCAUCGAUUGCAGCACCUCUUUGUAAAGUUAGUUCCGUGGGUGCCUCACUGGGAUUGCUUUUAAUACAUACUUGCCAUGUUAUGAUGAAUGAUGAUACAAGGUAAUCAGUUUGUCAGUAAGUGCCAAAGAAACAUUGAACGUGUUUGUAAUGUGAAGUUAAAAAAUUUUUCAGAUCGUAUCUUUACUGCAUUGGAGGAAGUUAAGGCGGACCAAAAAAAACUGAAGAAGCUGUUUCUUCAGCAUGUAAAGAAAGGAACAGCCAAUGGCAAUGAUAAUGUUAAUGCAGAAAGCUUGCCUCGGGAUACAUUUCGGCUGACAUCUUUGGAGGCGGUGGAUGAUUUUGAACGGAGUUUUGUUGACAACACCUCUUUAAAAACACAAGUUGUGAAACAUCUGGUUGCCUUCGAUGGGAGGACAGUUGUUGAGGACACAAGAAGGAAACUGGAGGAAAUCUUCAGUAACCAAGUCGCUGAAAGAUAUAACCUGAGUGGCAAGGGGAAUAAACAGAAGAGAGCAUUCCAACAACUUGCACUGUGUAGACUUUUGUUUGGUAAGAACAUUUCUUUUUAUGCCCCUGUUUUCUGAUCUCCAAAGGUUGGCAGGGUGUGUACAUAGUCAAAAGUCUGAAAUUAGUCAUUUUCAUUUUCAAGGCCUUAAAACGUCUUAAUUACUUUCUUGAUUUCCUUUUGGAGGUCUUAAAAAUCUAUGCAACUUUGACUACCAUUUUCAAUCACUUGGAAGUCCAACUUUUUGGCACGGAUUUGUGUGCAACUUUACUAAAUUAUUGCUCAUUAUGAUCUUUUAGAUGCUGUUAGAAAAAGUU